CGAGACCGGUCCUCCGGAGAUGUGAGGGGAACUUUCACACUUGUGUGAUCUUGUUUCGGCCAAAACAAACAACAAGGAAACGGCGCGGAGCGUAAAAAAGCGUCUGGAUUAUAUUUCACCGAGCUGAAGCUGAACCGGUCCGCACAUGAGCAACAGCAGAUGAGCUUGAUGCGGUCCAGUCAGCUGAUGAAAGAGGAGUGACCACUUGUUGCCAGUGAGGCUGAAGAGGCGUCCCUUCAGCCCGCCUCCUUUCGUCACCAUUUCCUCUCCGAGUUGGUCCCCGAAAGUGUUUCAAAACUGUUUCUCCAACGCUUCUUCCAGAAACUCAGACUGUUUUCCAAAGCAGAAGCAGCCCAGCCCUCCCAGACUGAGGUGAUGGGAAGCGUGCGAGCCAGCCGCUACAGCAUCGUGUCAUCAGAGGAGGACGGUAUGAAGCUUGCCACCAUGGCAGUGCCCAACGGAUACGGUAACGGCAAGAGCAAGGUGCACACCAGGCACCAGCCGCAGAGCAGGUUUGUGAAGAAAGACGGUCACUGCAACGUGCAGUUCAUCAACGUGAGCGAGAAGGGCCAGCGGUACCUGGCGGACAUCUUCACCACGUGCGUGGACAUCCGCUGGCGGUGGAUGUUCAUCAUCUUCUGCCUCGCCUUCCUGCUGUCGUGGCUCUUCUUCGGCUGCGUCUUCUGGCUGGUGGCCAUCUUCCACGGCGACCUGGAGAACAACGGGCAGAAGUGCGUCUCCAACGUGACCAGCUUCACCGCCGCUUUCCUGUUCUCCAUCGAGACUCAGACGACCAUCGGCUACGGCUACAGAUACGUGACGGACGAGUGCCCCGUCGCCGUCUUCAUGGUGGUGUUCCAGAGCAUCGUGGGCUGCAUCAUCGACGCCUUCAUCAUCGGCGCCGUCAUGGCAAAGAUGGCCAAACCCAAGAAGAGGAAUGAGACUUUGGUCUUUAGCCACAACGCCACGGUGGCCAUGAGGGACAACAAGCUGUGCCUGAUGUGGCGCGUUGGCAACUUGAGAAAGAGCCACCUGGUGGAGGCUCACGUGCGGGCGCAGCUGCUGAAGUCCCGGACGACGCCGGAGGGCGAGUACAUCCCCCUCGACCAGAUGGACAUAGACGUCGGCUUCGACAGCGGAGUGGACCGCAUCUUCCUGGUCUCCCCCAUCACCAUCGUCCACGAGAUCGACGAGGCCAGCCCCUUCUACGACAUGAGCAAGCAGGACCUGGAGAGCUCCGAGUUUGAGAUCGUGGUGAUCCUGGAGGGCAUGGUGGAGGCCACUGCCAUGACCACGCAGUGCCGCAGCUCCUACGUGGCCGGCGAGAUCCUCUGGGGCCACCGCUUCGAGCCCGUGCUGUUCGAGGAGAAGAACUACUACAAGGUGGACUACUCCCGCUUCCACAAGACGUACGAGGUGCCGAGCACCCCGCUGUGCAGCGCCAGAGACCUCGCAGAGAAAAAAUACAUCCUGUCAAACUCCAACUCCUUCUGCUACGAGAACGAGAUGGCGCUGGAGAACAAAGAGGACACGGACGAGGGGAACGGGGGCAGCGUGGGGCCCGACGGCACCCAGACGGACAACAUCUCAGAGAGCGAACACAACCAGGCCACGGUGCCGCUGGAGCCCCGGCCUCUGAGACGAGAAUCAGAAAUAUGACUGUUCACACCUCAGACCUCACACGAGGGAUUUCCUAAAAUCGCCUCUCUGCUCCAACAGGCCCAGCGAGCCGAGCUGGGCCGCUGGUAGAGGACGAGCCGAACGGUACUGCUGUGGGAAGCGGCGAGGUUUAGACUUUGUAUGUAAGAGUCUGCUUGAACUUUGACUACAUACAGUAUGACAAAACACAGCACUACGAAUCAUGACGUGCAUAUUGCAGGAACAAUUCUCCAUCAAGUCCCCAUGAAUGUGCUGAGUGUCUGCAGCACGACGGACAGAAGGACAAAAGACUUGAACACCUGCAGGCAUGUCUCCGUCUGUCUGCCCGGCAUGAACACGACGCUUCCAGAAAAGCUGGUUUUUAUAGUGACAAUAUGUUCAAGUGCUGCUAGAGAAUAGUGGAAGUUAAACUUUGUGCCUUCACGUAGAACCAAAGAGUACACAGAGGUAGACGUCCGGAACAAAGAAGGUACACGUAGAGUAUUUGUUCACGAGCUGGUCUCAUAGAAACUUUCUGUAUGCAACACCAGUAGGACUCUUUAGGGAUUUCCUGUGACUUGACCGCGCUGGUUUUCUGAUCUUUGCAGUUAUUGAUCUGAGACGUUCAUGUCCUGUCAGACUGAUAGAAACAUGCCUGAGCAGGGGAGUAUUAUUUAAACAGACCGGCUCAUACCAGAAUCUGAAUGUUCUUAAACGUGCUGCUAUCAUGUUGCUUCUUUUUUUUUUUUACGGUUGAUAAAAAAUACCAAAGAGUAUUAUUAUCAUAGUUAUGUGUUUCUUAAAAAACAACACCUGUUUAGAUUUGGUACAGAGAAGUUUAGGAAGUUUUACUGAGGUUUGUUUGUUUUUACAGAAUGUGUGUACAGUUUCAUGUUUUUAUCUUUAUCUCGAGCCACUACAUCAAAACUUCAUCUGUCUCAUCAACCUGGGACUGUUCUCACGUCUGAGGUCACAAAGGUUAUUUUUUAAAAGCCAAACUUGCUUUAAAAAGGUUCUAGAAUAUGAAGUAAAGGCAGAAACUAGAUCUCCUCUCUAUGUCUGACUGGAGGUUUUAAACGUUUUCCUGCAAAAAUAUCAAAUCUCUGAGUGAAACACCUUCAGCUCUAGUCCCUCUGGCCUCCUGCAGACUAUCAGCUCUGUGUUUUACUGGAGAACAGAGUCACAUGUACUGUAACUGACGGUGUAACGGUGUAACGUUCCUGCAUCAACUCACAGAUGAAUAUCCUGACAGACAGUGGCUGACCGUGUACAGACCUCCCUCCUCCCUCUCUCCCUCCCUGCUGCAGUUAUUUUGUAUCAGUCUUCCAAAUGUACUGCAAAACCACGGAAUGUACAGAUUUUUGUAUUAAUAUUAUUAUUAUUAUUAUUGUAUAUGAUAUUAUAUUGUUCUUUUUUCAAUAAAAUGUCAGUGGACAA